AUGAACUCAAAUCAACCCGACGCCCCUGCGUUUAUUCGCAAACCUCCUUACGAUCACAUUGAACUUCGCUCCUCCAUCAUUACAAAGCCUGUUUCCGCUGAUCGUCGCAUUCUCAGCUCUCCGGGUGCUAGCAGAACUCCUCGAUCGACUGUCCGGGUAUCCCCUUACCGUUAUUGUCGACCGCUGUCGCCAGAUCCCAGCUUUCAGCCAGCUUCUUUAACUGCAUUGGACACCUCUAACGACAUUUCCCCCACCCCUGUUACUCAAUCUGAGAAUUUGCCAAUGUUGAACCCGACAAUUUCUCAGCCCCGGAUUGUCACAGCCCGAAUCACGACCAGUGAUGCUUCGAAUGAGAGUCGGCCUCAGGAGUUACUGGCCCACGACGAUUCCGGAGACGAAUUCGAGACAGAAGAUAAGAUUCCGAAACCCUCCGGUGAAGUUGGACAACCUACUCGGGGAGGGUAUAACUUGCGCAUCAAACUAGGAUGGGCGGACGACAGGUUUGACGACGUCGAGAAAUUCAUCAAUGAAAUUGUUGGAAGAAAGCUGGAUGCCACACAAAUUUUCGAUCAACAACCUCUCUCAGACAUCAAGGAACUCGGUGACAUAGCCGUCAGAAGAUAUCCGUUUCUCAAUGAGUAUCGUGGUAAUUGGGUGGUUCAUGAUUUCGUCAAAUGCAAUUUGAAGCAUCGCAAGAGAAUUCUCGCAAAGCCUGCAGCUGGUCUUGGAAAAGGGAAAAAUAGCUUACAUAGAUCAGAUAGAUAA